UCUUCGCUCACCUUCCCCGCUCCUGCCCGUCUUCUCUUCUCUUCAGUGCCCCCUCUAAAUCAGCGCCAGCCCCAGCCGCAACUGCAAUCGGGAUCAGUUCGCUGCCCCUAGAUAACCUCGUCUCGCCAAGGACGGCGGCCCGCGGCGUCACGAGGAGAGCGUGCGCGCGGCGGGGAUUUUUGUAGAGGUUCCGGGAGGAUGGCGCGCGGCGGCUCCUGGCGGCGGCUCGCGGUGGCCAGCGUCCUCGUCGCCGUCUGCGCGGCCGCCCUCGCGCCGCCCGCCGCCGCGCUCGACAUCGGCAUCCAGUCCGCCGGCGACGGCGUGAGCAAGCAGCAGGCGUGCAGCCGCACGUGCGAGUCGGACCACUGCACGACGCCGCCGUUCCUGCGCUACGGCAAGUACUGCGGCAUCCUCUACAGCGGCUGCCCCGGCGAGGCGCCGUGCGACGCGCUCGACGCCUGCUGCAUGCACCACGACAACUGCGUCCAGGCGAAGAAGGACUACCUGAGCACGGGGUGCAACGAGGCGCUGCUGGACUGCCUGGCGAGGCUGCGGGAGGGCACGUCCACGUUCGAGGGGAACAAGUGCAUGAUCGACGAGGUCAUCGACGUGAUCUCGCUCGUCAUCGAGGCCGCCGUCGUCGCCGGCAGGGUGCUGCACAAGCCGUAGCGCACGCGGAGGCGGAGGCCGUUGCUUGCUUGCGCGGUUGGUGGGUGGUACAUCUUUUGCGUGCUCGGUGUAGGGUGGUGCCGUGGUGGUGGUGUCCUGGCCGGUUGCUGGCCGGGGGCCCGGGGUGCGUCGGCUCACAUGGCGG